AUGGCUCCGCAGGAUACCUUCUUCCGCUCGUCGGACAUGAGCCUGACCCAGCUCUACAUUGCCAACGAAAUCGGAAGAGAGGUUGUGAGUGCUCUGGGUGAGCUUGGUCAAGUGCAGUUCAGAGAUCUGAAUCCUGAUACCAAUGCCUUCCAACGCACGUUUACUAAAGAAAUCCGCCGUCUUGACAAUGUUGAGAGACAACUCCAUAGAGAAGGCGGCCAUUCCCAUGCGCCCCUCGACAGACUUCUCCGACACCCUGGCUGCCCCCUAGCCUCGGAAAUUGAUGAGCUGGCUGAACGCAGCGAAAGCCUUGAACAGCGCAUCGCUUCCUUGAAUGAUAGCUAUGAGACCCUGAAGAAGCGCGAAGUCGAGCUUUCUGAAUGGCGUUGGGUUUUGAGAGAGGCCGGUGGCUUCUUUGACCGGGCUCACACCCAAACCGAAGAUAUUCGCCAAUCCUUCGACAAUGAUGAGGCGCCUUUGCUUCGUGACAUUGAACAGCAUGCUCCUCGAGGUGCCAAUGGCGAUACUCAUGGCCAACAGAGCUUUUCCGAGAUGAACAUCGGCUUCGUCGCUGGUGUUAUCCCUCGCGAUCGGAUCGGCGCCUUUGAGCGCAUUCUUUGGCGAACCCUGCGUGGCAACCUUUACAUGAACCAGUCCGAAAUCCCGGAACCGAUCAUCGAUCCCAGCACAAACGAAGCGGUCUAUAAGAAUGUCUACGUCAUUUUCGCUCAUGGCUCCAGCAUUCUGGCAAAAAUUCGCAAAAUCGCCGAGUCGUUGGGUGCUUCCCUGUACGGUGUUGACGAGAACAGCGAGCUGAGAAGGGAUCAGAUCCACGAGGUUAACAGCCGACUGGGUGAUGUUGGAAGUGUUCUUCAGAAUACCAAAAAGACAUUGGAUGCCGAGCUUUCGCAGAUCGCACGGUCUCUUGUGGCUUGGAUGAUCAUCGUCAAGAAGGAGAAGGCUGUCUACGACACGUUGAAUAAAUUCUCCUAUGAUCAGGCGCGGAAGACUCUGAUUGCAGAAGCUUGGUGCCCAACCAACUCCCUCGCUCAGAUCAAGUCGACCUUGCAAGAUGUCAACGAUCGGGCCGGUCUGUCCGUCCCUACCAUCGUCAACCAGAUCCGCACCAACAAGACCCCGCCUACUUACGUUCGUACCAAUAAGUUCACGGAGGGAUUCCAAACGAUUGUGAAUGCUUAUGGUAUUCCGAAAUAUUCGGAGGUCAAUCCUGGUAUAUACACUGUUGUCACCUUCCCUUUCCUCUUCGCUGUCAUGUUUGGCGAUCUCGGUCACGGUUUCAUCAUGGCCUCUGCUGCCUCUGCUCUAAUCUUCUUUGAAAAGAAGUUGCUGCGCACCAAGCUUGAUGAGAUUUCAUACAUGGCGUUCUAUGGGCGAUACAUCAUGCUGCUGAUGGGUCUUUUCGCGAUGUAUACUGGUGUGCUCUAUAACGAUAUCUUUUCGAAGUCCAUGUCCUUCUUCAGCAGUUCAUGGGAGUGGCCAGAGGAUAUCAAGGCCGGACAAGCUGUGGAGGCUACCCUCAAGGGCGAUUACCGGUUCCCUAUUGGCCUGGAUUGGAACUGGCACGAGGCCGAAAACUCGUUACUCUUCACCAACAGCAUGAAGAUGAAGAUGAGUAUUUUGCUUGGCUGGAGUCACAUGACCUUUGCCCUCUGCUUCCAGCUUGUCAAUGCUCGUCAUUUCAAGUCCAAGGUUGACAUUUGGGGCAACUUUGUUCCUGGUAUGCUGUUCUUCCAGUCCAUCUUCGGUUACCUUGUCGUCACUAUUCUCUACAAGUGGUCGAUAAACUGGCAGGAGAGUGACGCAGCUCCCCCAAGUCUGCUCAAUAUGCUUAUUUUCAUGUUCCUGAAACCCGGUUAUGUUGAACAACCGCUUUACCGUGGCCAGGGCACGGUGCAAACACUCCUCCUUCUCAUUGCCGUGGUUCAAGUGCCCAUUAUGCUUUUCCUCAAGCCCUUCUGGCUCCGUCAUGAACACAAUCGUGCCCGUGCUCUGGGAUACCGGGGCCUCGGCGAACAGUCUCGCGUCAGUGCACUUGAAGAUGAUGGUGACGUGGACGGCGGCUUUGGUGCAGCCCGGGACAGCAUGGCCAGCGAUGGUGAAGGCGUUGCUAUGAUUUCUCAGGACAUUCACGAAGGAGAAGAGCACGAGGAGUUUGAAUUCGGCGAUGUCAUGAUCCACCAAGUCAUCCACACCAUCGAAUUCUGCCUCAACUGUAUCUCUCACACUGCCUCUUACCUUCGUCUCUGGGCUCUCUCCCUCGCUCACCAACAGCUUUCAAUCGUUCUGUGGACUAUGACACUCGGAUCGGCCCUCGGCCAGGGCGAGGGGUUCCUGCGGGUAAUCAUGAUUGUCAUCUGUUUCUUCAUGUGGUUCGUCCUGUCAUGUAGUGUGCUCGUGGGUAUGGAGGGCGUGUCUGCAAUGUUGCACUCGCUGCGUUUGCACUGGGUCGAGGCCAUGAGCAAGCAUUUCAUGGGCGAGGGUAUCCCAUUCUUGCCGUUCAGCUUCAAGACCUUGUUGGAAGAAGACCCAGUCGACUAA